AUGACCACCAAGAUGGAUUUCCAACACUUUGCGCCGCAAAUCGACAAGAUCCCCAAAACGAAGUGGGAAAAAACUCAGGCGCUGACCUCAAGGCUUCUGCAGACUGUCCGCGACAACUUCUCCAUCUCGACAUGGAUGGCCAUGGGAGCCGCCCUCCAGGGUCUCUUAGUUUUGUUCGCUCGACCUACUUUCGCAGUCGCACCGGCAACGCUCAUCUUGCUUUACCGAUUCUCCCACACGAUGCUCAUGCACUACGGCUUUAUUCGCAACACGCAGAUGGAAGAUGUCAUCGUGGGAAAGUAUACCGUGCAGAUUCCCAACAAGGACGGUAAACCGCCAAGCGAGCCGUCAGGGACCGGCAUGGCCGUCAUCAUGCUGGGCUUCAGAAACAAUUCCGCCCUCGGUAUGUUUGGAGCAGGCGGGCUGGAGACCUCACUCAAGUUUAGAGCGAUGUUGAAGGAUCUCGAGAAUGAUCCGGACUCCGGCUUUCUUGGUAUGUGUGGGUAUAGGGCUGCCAAUGAGCGACUGAUGGCCAACGGUAUCAUGUCGGUGCUCUAUUUCCGUAGCGUUGAGGAUAUCAAUCGAUUUGCUCACGCUCCACUUCAUCGUGAAGCCUGGGAUUGGUUUGUCGAACUGAGCAAGACGCAUAAGCAUUUGAGUAUCAUGCACGAAGUGUACUCAUCGCCAAAGAAGAACUGGGAGAACAUCUUCAUUAAUUAUAACCUCACGGGCAUUGGGAAAAUACUGAAGCCCGUCAUCAUCAACGGAAAAGAGUAUACGCCCAUUGCCAAUGCUCAACGUGGGCCAUUGAGCACACACAAGGGACGAACCGGCAAUUCGAGAUCAGGUGCCGAUGAAAAGGAGUAUCUUAUAGAUGUCGAAGAGUGA